GGAGGAAGCCUACAAGGGACUCAAGCAAGCUUGCCUCCUCUUCUCCUUAGUUAAUACAUACUAGUAAGCAUAUACUAGCAAGCAAUGGCCCCCACCGUGAUGGCCUCAUCGGCCACCUCCGUGGCUCCUUUCCAGGGCCUCAAGUCCGCCGCUGGACUCCCCGUGAGCCGCCGCUCCAGCAGGGCCGGAUUCGGCAAGUACGUCAGCAACGGCGGAAGGAUCAGGUGCAUGCAGGUGUGGCCGACUGAGAACAACAAGAAGUUCGAGACCCUGUCGUACCUGCCGCCUCUCUCCACGGAGGACCUCUUGAAGCAGAUCGACUACCUGAUCAGGAACAACUGGGUCCCCUGCCUCGAGUUCAGCAAGGUCGGCUUCGUCUUCCGUGAGAACGCCACUUCUCCCGGGUACUACGACGGCCGCUACUGGACCAUGUGGAAGCUGCCCAUGUUCGGCUGCACCGACGCCACCCAGGUGUAUGCCGAGCUCGAGGAGGCCAAGAAGGCCUACCCCGACAACUACAUCCGCAUCCUCGGAUUCGACAACGUCAGGCAGGUGCAGUGCGUCAUGUUCCUCGCCUACAAGCCACCGAGCAGCGAGGCCUAAGCGCAGUUAUCGAGACUAGCUCAGCUCCUGCAUGAGCAACCAUGAAGUGUCUGUUUUGUUUUUUGCUUCGGGUCACCUUGAUUUUCUUUCUUUUUCAUGGUUGCUUCUGCUGUAUCCAUGGCAUGCAUGUGAUCUCUCCCCCCAACCGGAGAGUUAUGUUGGGUGAGGAACAUGUCAAUGCAAGCUCCGGCUAUGAUAUGUAAUAUGGAUACUAGAGCACAUCUGCCAAUAAUCCGCCGACAAUAAUA